AUGGGGAAGUCGGAUGCGUCCAAGGAGGACACCAGCAGGGGUGCGCGGGGGGGGCUUGACCUCAUCCUGCCCCAGAAAACCACCCCCGCCCUGGACACCAGCAAGUGGCCCCUGCUGCUGAAGAACUAUGACAAGCUGAACGAGUACGUGCGGUACGGGGUGAUCAACCUGGACAAGCCCAGCAACCCCUCCUCCCACGAGGUGGUGGCCUGGAUCCGGCGCAUCCUUCGCGUGGAGAAGACGGGGCACAGUGGCACGCUGGACCCAAAGGUCACGGGCGGGCUGAUCGUGUGUGUGGAUCGCGCCACGCGGCUGGUCAAGUCGCAGCAGGGCGCGGGAAAGGAGUACGUGUGCAUCGCGCGCUUCCACUCGGCGGUGGAGGGCGGCACCGCGCGCGUGGCGCGCGCCAUCGAGACGCUGACGGGCGCGCUGUACCAGCGCCCGCCCCUCAUCUCCGCGGUCAAGCGCCAGCUGCGCAUCCGCACCAUCUACGCCUCGCGCCUGAUCGAGUACGACGAGGAGCGUCACCUGGCGGUGUUCUGGGCGUCCUGCGAGGCAGGGACCUACAUGCGCACCCUCUGCGUGCACCUGGGCCUGCUGCUGGGCGUGGGCGGCCACAUGCAGGAGCUGCGCCGCGUGCGCUCCGGCAUCAUGGGCGAGCGCGACAACAUGGUGACCAUGCACGACGUGCUGGACGCGCAGUGGCUGUACGACAACCACAAGGACGAGGCCUACCUGCGCCGCGUGGUCAUGCCGCUGGAGGUGCUGCUGACCAACUACAAGCGCCUGGUGGUCAAGGACUCCGCCAUCAACGCCGUCUGCUACGGCGCCAAAUUCAUGAUCCCGGGCCUGCUGCGCUACGAGUCCGGGAUCGAGGUGGACGACGAGGUGGUGCUGAUGACCACCAAGGGCGAGGCCAUCGCCGUGGGCAUCGCCCAGAUGAGCACCUCGGUCAUGGCCACCUGCGACCACGGCGUGGUGGCCAAGAUCAAGCGCGUGAUCAUGGAGCGUGACACCUACCCGCGCCGCUGGGGGCUGGGGCCCAUGGCGCAGAAAAAGAAGGCGCUGAUCGCGGAGGGAAAGCUGGACAAGCACGGCCGGCCAAACGAGGCCACGCCCGCCGAGGUGGUAUGCGGCUCCAGCAAGCGCGGCCUGCACUCCGACCAGAUGCGUACCUGCGCAGCAGCCCCCGCUGCAGCCAUGGAGGUGGCCCCCUCUGAGACCACUCCAGCUCCAGAGGCCAGCCUGACCCUGGACGACCUCCCCACCAGCUCCGAGUCCCCCGGCCUGCUGGCAGUGCGCCACAGCGCUGCCCACGUGAUGGCCAUGGCAGUGCAGCGAGUCCACAAGGGGGCCAGGUGCACCAUAGGACCCUGGAUCGACCGCGGAUUUUACUACGAUUUUGACAUGCCCCAGCCCAUCACAGAGAAGGAUCUCCCAAAGAUCCAGAAGGAGAUGAAGAGGCUGAUCAAGCGCAACCUGGCCAUCCGCCGCGAGGAGGUUCCCGCUGAGGUGGCGCGCCGGCGAAUCGAGUCCAUCGGCGAGCCCUACAAGCUGGAGAUCCUGGACUCCAUCCUCAAAAACACCCCCGACGCGCCCAUCACCAUCUACCACAUCGGUGAGGAGGGCGAGAAGGAUCACUGGUGGGAUCUGUGCGCCGGGCCCCACGUGGCCAGCACCGGCGCCAUCAACGCCGAGGCGAUCGAGCUGGAAAGCGUGGCGGGGGCAUACUGGCGCGGCGACGAGCAGGCCGCGCAGCUGCAGCGCAUCUACGGCACCGCCUGGGAGAGCCGGCAGCAGCUGGAUGCGUACAAGCACCUCAAGGCGGAGGCCACCCGCAGGGACCAUCGGAGGCUGGGCGCUGAGCUGGAUCUCUUCUCCAUUCAAGACUCUGUGGGCGGCGGCCUCGUGCUCUGGCACCCCAACGGCGCGAUGGGUGAGCUGUGGCAGACAAGCGGGCACCUGGACUUCUACCGCGACUCCAUGUAUGGCCAGGUCAAGGUGGAGGACGAGUCGUACCAGCUCAAGCCCAUGAACUGCCCCUGCCACGUGGCCAUCUUCAAGGCGCGGCAGACCAGCUACCGCGACCUGCCCCUGCGCUGGGCGGAGCUUGGCACGGUGUACCGCUACGAGCGCUCCGGCACCAUGCACGGCCUCUUCCGUGUGCGCGGUUUCACCCAGGACGACGCCCACAUCUUCUGCCUGCCCGACCAGAUUGCGGGCGAGAUCAGGGGGGUGCUGGACCUGGUCCAGUCGGUGUUCACCGCCUUUGGCUUUGACCGCUACGAGGUCAACCUGUCCACCCGCCCCGCGGAGUCGGUGGGGUCGGACGCCGACUGGGCCCAGGCCGAGGCCGCCCUGGGCUGGCCGUUCAGUGUGGACGAGGGGGGCGGCGCCUUCUAUGGCCCCAAGAUCGACAUCAAGAUCCAGGACGCCAUCGGCCGGCGCUGGCAGUGCUCCACGGUGCAGCUGGACUUCAACCUGCCGGAGCGGUUCGGGCUGGCCUACACCACCGCAGGGAACGAGAAGGAGCGGCCCAUCAUGAUCCACCGCGCGCUGCUCGGCAGCCUGGAGCGCUUCAUGGGCAUCCUGAUCGAGCACCACGCAGGCGCCUUCCCGCUCUGGCUGGCGCCUGAGCAGGUCAGGCUGCUGCCUACCAGCGACGCAGUGAGGCCGUACAUGGAGGAGGUGGCGUCCGCCAUGCGGGCACACAACAUUCGCGUGGAGGUCGCGGGAGGCAUGAGCAUGGGAAAGCUGGUGCGCAACGCGGAGAAGGCCAAGGUCCCCGUCAUGUGCGUGGUGGGACCGGCGGAGGCGGAGGCCGGGACGCUGUCGGUGCGCACCUACCGCGACGGGCCGGUGGGCGCGCUGACCUGGCAGGAGGUGCUGGGCCGGGUGAGCGCCGCCGUGGCCAGCCGCAGCGAGCAGUUCUGA